AGACAAUUUUUGUGGCCUCUCAAUGACACAACCGUCCAAAGUAUACGAUCUAUCAUGGGAGAGAAGCGAUAUAAAAGCUAGUAGAAGCAGUCAGUCAUAUAAGCUCGGAGCUGUUCUGGUGAGCAAAGAAAAUCUUAGAUGGUGGACUUUACUGGAUUCUAGAUACGGAGGAGAGUUAUGAAAUUAUCAGUGCGCUACACUUUGCGGCAAGGAUUAUAGCAUUCAGCUUCGCUUACAGCACCAACACUUUCUCGGUGUUGUUGGACAAUGGUACACUACACGUUCAUUGCCUUUCAGAGGAUACUAACAGAUUGCUGAUUGAUGAAUUCAAAAUAUUCCUUGGCGAUACAAUAGAUGCUCACUGUUUUAUAUCAAACUUCAGCAUGAUCAUGUACUCGAAUGGUAGCCAAGUUACUCUGUUGCGAUAUUUUUAUUCGGAAAUAAGCCAAUCAAUACAGAAGGAAAUAACACACAUCCAGCUCGCGGGGGUGGUUGGGAUAACAUAUCUGGAGUUUGCAGAAAUUGCCCUCUGCAUCACAGACAAUCGGCUGUUUUUCUCUGUACCAAUAACGUUUGGAAACCGGUGUAAUGAUACUGCUGUAGGCGACGAAUAUUUUGAACUAACGAAUGAAUUGUUAACUGAGGCGAAACAAAUGACCUGUUAUCUAACUAGCGAAGUUGAAAUUGGGAAGACGAUUACAAGUGCUAUUGGACACGAACAACAAAAGUUUGAUAUUUUGACAUGCAUAAAUAAUCAGUCAUUGUACAGAAAUUCAAUUCAGUCUAAACUGAUAUUCCACAACACUGCACCCGCACGCACUCAUGAUUCCGUCUGGAUAGAGAGCAGAUCAACGGACAGCAUUAUUUUUGCGGAAAUAGCUAUAAUAUUUCAGAAUAAAAUCGGUGAAAUUUUGGCACGUCAGAGACGAUGGAAUCUUGUCCUCACAUCGAAUGCAAGAGUGGCUCAGCUUCAAAUUGGCACUAGCAUUUCCUGCGAGAACAAUAGCGUUAGACUGAUCUACCCAAUAGAUAGGAGAAGUGUGGACUAUCAAGGCCUACCGAGCUUUCAAAUCGGAUUGUUAGGUGUAGUUGAUCAUUUUCUCGAUAGCAUUUUAUUAGAUAUUUCACUAAAACUGAACUACGAUUACAAUAUUGGACAUCUGUUCGACGUUACACUAAGCGCAAGUAAACGUCACUCUGAAGUGAAUGAAAAUGGUCUACAAAAUACAGUGCGAUCGUUGAUUUGCCAAUGUGAACAACAAUUACUAAGCACUUAUCCCGCCAUUGAGUGUUGCAUCAAUAGAACUAAGUCUGUUGAAAAUAUGGUUGAAUUCCUAUCCUCCAUUGGAAUCAGCAAUUUUACCAUUGCUGGCAAAGAGACCCGGAUGGUAUACGCUCAUAUUGAAAACCUUGAAAGUUCGGUCAUUUGGGAUCCUGAACGAGAUCACCUUAGCUUAAAAUCAACAUCACCCGGAAUGUUGAAAGAGUUGAAAAUGUUAUGCAGUGAAAAGUUGGAGCCAUCUGAGAAAACAGAAUUGAAUACACUGAAGGCCAUGCAACUCGAACUUGUGCAGUGUGAAUUCCAGCGCGAAAUUAUUACUGCUUUCUACAGACGAUUAAGAACUUCCAGAAGUUGAUAUCGACAGGCAAAUGCAUUCGGCGCAACCAAAUUCAUCACAGUCACCUGUAUACAUUCGCCCUAUUUCUGUGAGUUGAUCAUAAAAUUUGAACAUGAACCUACGAUGAGGCAUUGUUUAGACCAUUUGACAACAGUGCAUGUUAUAAAAUCAUUGAAAACCCAAUUAUUGGUUUGUAUUUCAAAUGAACUGAUUAACGUUUUCGGAAAACAACCGUAAGUUAGUCCCUAAAGUAUAGAGCACUCGAAGUCUAGUUCUUUGGUCUAUGCGAAGUUUCUCUCACAGAUAGAUGAACAAUGAGAGUUUCGGUGAUGGAAAAACUCGUUUGAUGUAUGGAAUGAACGAAGGUCCGAUACAAAAUAUCAACGGUAUACUCUCACGAAUUGUACGGAUCCAGUGGCAAAAGGAAUAAGUUGGAUCGUCGCUUUCAAUUCCACGCUUUUUCCCUUCACUCUACUGCCAAUCAUGAUUACCAUUUGCCAAAAAGAAGACGCAACGGAAAAUGGGUGUAUUACAAGGAUUAGAAGAUAAAACAAAAAAAAAUUAAUAUAAUAUCAUGAAUAUAAAAACAUCAAUAAAAUCAGUCACGCUUUUUGUCUCGUUUAACACUUAGACGGCCAUGAGCGCCGUACUGCACUCAAAAAUUAUUCCGCUGGGGCCAUGAGUGCAGCACUGCACAUGCGGAAUAUUCCAAAUUUUCAAAGGUGUGCGCUACAGCAUACGUUUUAGGUUAAAACUAAUGUGUUUUUCGUUUUCUGUUGGUAAAAUGUAAUUUCGAAAAAAUAAAUUGUUUUAUAAUGAUUUUUAUCGAUAUUUUACUCGUUUACGUUUGGGGCGGGGGGCAGUACUACACACGGGUAGUUUUUACCCUUAUAUGACAGAUGUGGAUGAAAUUUUAUGCUGGAUGGGUCCCUGGCACCAUCUAAUAUUAGAAUCAACCAUUGAACC